AUGAUCUAGCAAAGAUGCUAUAGUCGAUAUCAUGAAACUAGCAACUCUCUGAGUUCGCCGAAUCACUAUGAGAGUAUUUUAAGCUAGACAGAUGAAAUAGAUUCAUUUUUAGCUAGUUAAGUUUAAAUUUCCCAGGAAAUAUAUCCUCCUAUCUCAAAUUUUGACGAGGUUUACAUUGAAUCAGAUUUCCGUUUUUAAACCAGUUUAGAUGAUCAGGUGAUAAGAAAUAUUGAAAAUCAAAGGGAUGCUUUAUUCGAUGAUUUAUUGAGAGGGGUUUAUUAGUAAAAUAAUGGUUAUACUCAGUGGGUGGAGGCUGUAAAUAGAAUGAGAGAAGAGCUACAAAGUGAGAUUAGAAUUUAAGAAUCACAAUUUUAGAACUAGUUAAUCCCAUUCUUAAAGAAUAGAGUAGCUCCUAUAUUCUAAAGUAAUCUAUAGGUUGCUUGCAAUUAAAUGUAAAACAUAAUUCAAUCAUAAGUAACUGAUAUUCUUCCAUUUCUGUAAUCUAAGAAGAUCACAUUCUUGAAUCCUAAGAGGAACAUUUUGACUUUUCAAUAUUUAGUAGGGUUAAGAUAAGUUGCAUUAAGUUUAUCGAAGACAAAUAUUAAGAUAAUUGGAGAGGAUUUUAAUAUAGUUGGAAACAAUACAAGAACAUAUAUUACUUAAAUAGUUUGCUAUCAAAUCUUUGAGAUUAAAGGCUAAAUUAUACUAUGCUUGUUCAAAAGUGGAAUAAGAUAAAAGUAUUCUAUUUAGUUAAGAAAUUCAGUUGAUUUUAGCAUAAUUGGUAGCGUUGAGGUUUAAAGAAAAGUAUUUGCUAUAUCUAGAACAAAUAAAGAAGAGGUAUUCAUUGUAGGGUUUGAAAAAGGUUUGGUCUAGAUAGUUGAUUUGUAUCAAUAAGUCAUUCGAUAAGAGUAUUUGUUCACGCAAAACACUAUCAUAACGAGUAUUUACCCUGGUCUAUAAUUGGGAGAAUAUUAGGGAUUUAUCAUUGGAACAAGCAAAGGACUUAUCUACAUGAGUCUGAGUAGCAGAUAAGAUUAAUUUAGAACUUCAAUUAUUCAUGUUCAAGGAAGAGAUUCCGCUAGUUAUAUAUCUUGCUAAGAUGACUUAGAUUAAGAGUUAUUACUUCAUACUGCCAUUAAAGAUAAUCAAUCAAAUGUUUACUCAAUUUAAAAGCAAGAUCUCUUUUCAUAAGAUAGAAAUAGAGGACAUCAUUUUAUUGUAUUGCAGUCAAGCUAAGUGCCCUUACUCAUUACAAUUGAUGAAUUGAUACUUCAAAUGAAAAAAGUUUCACAAAAUGAGGGAAGACCAUACUAUAUUUUCUAAACAGAAGAAGGAAUAUACAUCUCAAACAUAUUUUCAAAUCACCCAAGAAUAGUAAAAAUGUUUAAGAUUACAUCGAUGAUUUUGAAGCAAUCAGUAUUCUAGUAUAGCUCAUAGAUAAACACUUUGGCUAUCGAUAGAGGAGACAGUUAGGAUAACUAUAUAUUGAUUGCACUAGUUGGAAGCUUAGAGAAACCUAGUCUAGUAAAAUUUAACUUUUCUAGAGAUUUCGUUAGAUUCAAACUUCAAUAAGAGUAAGACUCCUAGUUGCUUUUGUAAUAAUUAUAAAUUUACUGA